GAGCCAGUAUGUGCUGUAUGAUGAAGACUGGGUAACCGAGCCCUGUUUUCUAACAAGUUUUGUUUUGUGGUUAACGGGCAUGCUGAUAAACAUCCAUUCGGACCAUAUCAGAAAACCAGACACUAAGAAGAUAUCUGAACAACAAAUUCACAAUCUGACUCUCCCAAUCAAGAAUCUCUCUCCAGGUCUACAUGGAGCAGGGGAUUUGUGCAUAUACCUAUGGCUGGAGGAAACUGGACAAACGUAAGUGAGUUUAUCCUCAUGAGCUUCUCUUCCCUACCUACUGAAAUACAGUCCUUACUCUUCCUGACAUUCCUGAUCAUUUACCUCAUCACUCUGAUGGGAAACAGCCUCAUCGUUCUGGUUACAUUGGCUGACCCCAUGCUGCAGAGUCCCAUGUACUUCUUCCUCAGGAACUUGUCCUUCUUAGAGAUUGGCUUCAACCUAGUCAUUGUGCCCAAGAUGCUGGUGACCCUGCUUGCCCGGGAAACAACCAUCACUUUCCUUGGAUGUGCUACUCAGAUGUAUUUCUUCUUCUUCUUUGGGGUUGAUGAAUGCUUCCUCCUGGCCACCAUGGCAUAUGACCGCUUUGUAGCCAUCUGUAAUCCCUUGCAUUACCCAGUUAUCAUGAACCAAAGGACCUGUGCCAAACUAGUUGCAACCUGCUGGUUUCCAGGUGCUCCAGUAGCUACCGUGCAGGCUGCAUGGCUCUUCAGCUUCCCAUUUUGUAGAACUAACAGAGUGAACCACUUCUUUUGUGACAGCCCCCCUGUGCUGAAGCUGGUCUGUGCAGACACAGCACUGUUUGAGAUCUACGCCAUCAUCGGAACUAUUCUGUUUGUCAUGAUACCCUGCUUGUUGAUCCUAUGUUCCUACACUUGCAUUGCUGCUGCCAUCCUCAAGAUUCCCUCAGCUAAAGGGAAGCAAAAAGCUUUCUCUACGUGCUCUUCCCACCUCCUUGUUGUCUCCCUUUUCUAUGUAUCUUUAAGCCUCACAUACUUCCGGCCUAAAUCCAAUAAUUCUCCUGAGAGCAAGAAGCUUCUUUCACUGUCCUACACUGUUGUGACUCCCAUGUUGAACCCCAUCAUCUACAGCCUGAGAAAUAAUGAGGUGAAGAAUGCUCUCUGCCGGAUCUUCCAUAAAACUCUAGGCACCAGAAAUUGUAUCCUAUAG